CUCCGAAGCCACCGAUUGAAUGGUGAACACUCGCGCUUUCUUCCGGAAAGGCCCCGAAGGCAGGAACUUGGGAAAGGAGUCUGGGCUCUCUACCGGGCUGGGAGGAGCUUGUGCCUGAGCCCCAGGGUCCCCAUCCGCUGAGGACAUGGAUGAGGAUGGGCUUCCUCUCAUGGGGUCAGGCAUAGACCUGACCAAGGUGCCAGCUAUUCAACAGAAAAGAACCGUGGCCUUUCUAAACCAGUUUGUGGUACACACUGUGCAGUUUCUCAACCGGUUUUCCGCAGUUUGUGAGGAGAAACUGGCAGACCUUUCUCUCCGGAUUCAGCAAAUUGAAACAACUCUCAAUAUUUUAGAUGCAAAGCUGUCAUCUAUCCCAGGCCUAGAGGACGUCACAGUUGAAGUGUCUCCUUUAAAUGUCACUGCUGUCACAAACGGAUCACAUUCUGAAACCACUUCGGAGCAACUGCAGCAGAAUAGCACGCAAGACUCUGGAGUACAGGAGAGUGAAGCACCAUCAGAAAAUGUCCUGACUGUAGCCAAGGAUCCACGGUAUGCCAGAUACCUCAAGAUGGUUCAAGUGUCCCUGUCCACAGAACAGGAAGCAGUACCUUGCAUUUUGGCUUCGACGCCCUUUUCGGUUACACAUCUUGGGAUGUGGAAACACUGCAGAAAGCAGUUGUUUUGAAAGACAGUCUUGAGUGCCAAGAAGUAUAUGUACCCCUGAAAUGGAACUUGGUGGAGCCUCUUAGUUUUGCUGUAUACUGUGUGUGACCAUGUUCAAGCUUUGUCACCCCAAGACCUGGUUCCUCAUGUGUAAACUGAGACCUGAACUUCCUUCUAGGUUUACAAUCUGUUCACGACUCCUCAGAUCUGGACCUUGCCGUUAAUAAAGGUUCCAGGAACACC